CAUUACAUAUCAUCUCUUCACGCUCUUUCCCUCUAUUCCUAUUCUCUCUCCCCCAACCCAACCCUCUUGUUAUUUACUACAACAUCUAACAAUUGCAAUAACUACACCCAUCCAAAAUCUAAACCCUGCUCCAAUCAUUUACUAUUGUUGAUUUCGUUUUCUAAUUAGAACUAGAAGUAGUAGAGCAGUAAGUUAGCAAAUAGAAAAUUGAUUCAGAGAGAUAAACAAAGCAAGAAGAACAAGAAGCAAUGAAAGGAGAAUACGUGGAGCAACAUCCAAAGAAUGAAGCAGCUUCAGACAUGUUCUCAAAGCUUCACCACCAACAACAACAACACCACCACCACCAAUCACCACACCCACCACAACACAUCUUCCCUCACAACCCCUUCCAACUCACCCACACCGCCGCCGUGGACGACGGCGGCGCAUCUCAGAAGCCAAACUCCUCCGGCGACGGAUCUUCCAUUGAGGUCGUGAGGCGACCCAGAGGUCGUCCACCCGGGUCAAAAAAUCGGCCAAAACCGCCUUUGAUCAUCACCCGCGACCCGGAACCCGCUAUGAGCCCUUACAUUCUCGAAGUCGCCGGCGGAAACGACGUCGUUCAAGCCAUCGCGCUUUUCAGCCGCCGCAAGAACAUGGGUCUGUCCAUCCUCACCGGUUCCGGAACCGUCGCGAACGUCACUCUCCGGCAACCUUCAACCACUCCCGGAGCGACGGUUACUUUUCACGGCCGCUUCGACAUCCUCUCCAUCAACGCUACGUUUCUUCCUCAGCAACAGCCGGCGCUUUCCGGCGGAUUCUCCAUCUCGCUCGCUGGACCGCAAGGGCAGAUCGUCGGAGGGAUUGUCGCCGGCGGAUUGAUGGCUGCCGGGACGGUGUUCGUGGUGGCUGCUUCGUUCAACAGUCCGUCGUACCACAGGCUUCCCCCGCCGGAGGAAGAGGCUGGGAACUCGGCCUCAGCAGGGGAUGUACAGUCGCCGCCUGUGUCCGGUGGCGGUGAUGAUCAGGCGGCGUCGUGUGGGAUGUCAAUGUACAGCUGUCAGUUGGCUUCGGAUGUGAUUUGGGCUCCAACGGCGAGGCCACCGCCACCACCGUACUGAAGAAAUCACAUUCACAUUGGUAGUUUCUGUUUUUCUUUUGCUAACUCUGUAUUGUGAAAUUAUAUUAUUAUUCUAUUUAUUUGCUUUUUUUUUCCUCUUUUUUUGGUCUGUUUAAUUAUCUAAGUUUAGUUAUAUAUAUAGCUUCAGUUAUUAGAUUAAUAGAAACACUAGCUUAGAUUAGUGUUCACUAUUGGAAUUAUAUAGCUAUAGGGUACUUUGCUUUCACUUUGCCUCCUUCAACAACGAUGUUUCUUUUUCUAGUAA